AUGCGGCGGCUCCAGGAGCGCUUCAGGAGGUUCAUGAACCACCCAGCUCCAGCAAAUAGCCGCUACAAACCUACUUGCUAUGAACAUGCUGCUAACUGCUACACACAUGCAUUCCUCAUUGUCCCAGCCAUUGUGGGUAGCGCCCUCCUCCAUCGGCUCUCAGAUGAUCGCUGGGAAAAGAUAACAGCAUGGAUGUACGGCAUAGGCCUCUGCGCACUCUUCAUAGUCUCGACUGUGUUUCACAUAGUUUCUUGGAAAAAGAGUCACUUAAGGACAAUGGAACAUUGUUUUCACAUGUGUGACAGAAUGAUGAUCUAUGUCUUUAUUGCAGCAUCAUAUGCACCUUGGUUAAAUCUUCGUGAGCUUGGACCUCUGGCAUCUCAUAUGCGUUGGUUUAUCUGGCUAAUGGCGGCUGGAGGAACCAUUUAUGUAUUUCUCUACCAUGAAAAGUAUAAGAUUGUUGAACUCUUUUUCUAUUUAGCAAUGGGAUUUUCUCCUGCUCUGGUUGUGACAUCCAUGAACAACACUGAUGGACUUCAAGAGCUCGCCUGGGGAGGCUUAAUUUACUGUACAGGAGUGGUGUUCUUCAAGAGCGAUGGAAUCAUUCCCUUUGCCCAUGCCAUCUGGCACAUAUUUGUAGCCACAGCCGCUGCAGUUCAUUACUAUGCCAUUUGGAAAUACCUUUACAGAAGCCCCGCAGAUAUUAUUCGCCAUUUAUGAUAAAUACAAAACAAAAAAACCAACCCUGCACUAGGUGUGUAUAGCAGUAUUAUUUGACUUGAGGAAUUCUGGGGAAUUGAGAAAUUGCACAGGAAAACCUGCACUGACUUUGGUAGUUCUUGAACACAUUUACUGUGAACUGCUAUUGUGUAAUGUGUCCUGGAAUUGCUCUUCGUACAGCAAGUACUGUAAAUAACCAAGAUACUGUACUACAGUACAGAUAGUCCAUUCCGCAUUAGAGAACUGGCUACCUGAUGUUUACAAACCUGAAUUUUUGUAUUCUAGUUUAAAUCUAGUUUUUAAUACAUGGAUUUUCUAAAUUAAUGAUUCAAAUUGUGAAGUCAGUGCAAUAGCAACGAUGUACCUUUUUUUGUUGGUUUCUAUCACUUUUCCACUAGCCAUUUAAUAAUCAUGAAUCAUGGACGGAUAAAUCUAGUUUUACCACCCGUCAUCUUGAUAUAACGUGAUUUUUAUAGAAACUUUUUUGUGUUUUAUAAAUUUUAAAAGUACAUUUCUCGAACUGAAAACACGCAACUGUCAUCUAUGCAGUUAUUCAUAUUGCAAAACCUUGCAACAACUGGUUACAUUCCACAUAAUGUACUGACAAGCAAACAUGAUACCUCUUCCAACGGUUUUAUGACAAGUGUAGUUGUAUUGAAAGUUUUAAGACAAUUGAAUUUCAAAAGAUAGUUCUGCCAAGCUGUAAUGUGAAAACAUUCUGCUUGCUAGAGUACACGUAGCCUGGCUUAUCAAAGGCAGAAGCAAAAGUACUUCAGAGAAAUAAUUAAUACCAGUAAAAUAUUUUAAGAAUCCUAUCCCAUCCCAUGCUGUCUACAGAGACAGUUGUAUUAAUGAGUGCAGACUUCUCAAAACUUGGCAGUGUUAAGGAAGGUGGCCAGCUAUUAUGUAUCCGAACAUCCAAAUUACACUGAAGAAGAGUCAGCAGUUGUCCAGAAGUGUUCAUAUCUAUUGGUGCUGAAAUAGGCUGGAAUUUUCAAAAGGCUCUCGAGGGACCAUGGCAUCAAUUUUCACUGACAUCCCAUGAGAGUUGUGUGACUUGAAUUCCUGGAUGCCCUUCUGAAAAUCCCAGCAAAAAUUGGUACACUGCAGUUGCUGACAAGCAUUGUUAAUGGUUCUUCACCCAUGGCCUUUUAGGGAGGGAAGCCUGAAGAACUUGAUACAACGCCUCUUGUUGAUCUGGGACUUUACAAAGAGCAAAACAGGGCUUUAAACGUAUUGCUAUUUUCUGUACAGGAAAAUAAAAUGUGGUAGCAAGUCAUGAUUGUAGAACACGUGCAUUAAAUAACCAAAUGUAGAAGGCUCAUUGUAAUGCUGAUCGUUUGUCCACUAAUUCUAUCCUGUCCCACUAUAUUAUGAAUGUCUUAUAUUAAGAUUGACUUUAUCCUUUUUCUAAUUUACUCAGUUUUUCAUGUCAGUGUUUCAAAACUAAAAACAAAACGUGUUGCCUUUUUCAGAUUUUGUUCUGGAUAUUGCCUGUCUUCAACAAUAGACUAGUACAAUAGGGAUGGUUUUGAGGGACUAUUUAAUAUCUCAUCUAGACUUAUCAGUUGGUUGUUUGCAUAUUUGAGAAUCUGCACAUUUGUUUGCAGGAAGCAGUGAAAUUUUAAAAGCAAGGCAUUGAAACUGAGUUGCCAUUCAGUAUUAACUGGUGAUCAGAAAACAGCACCAGUAUUCCAGACCAGUUCACUGCUCUAAAAGCAUACAAAUGGGACAACUGGGCAGAUCAUUUCUAUUCCAAAAGUCUCAAAUGUCUGGAUGCCUCAGUUUGUUUUUUUUAACAUGUAUGUCUUUUAAUAUUUUCACUUGUGUGUUCGUCUAUUCUGUUUAAAUGCAGUAAUAUUAAAAACCACUAAAAUAUAUACAUAAAUGUUAAGCUUUGAUCAAAAAUGAAAUCUGCUUUCAUUUGUUCCAUUAUCUUUAAUUGUCAUGGCAAUUUUUUUUUCUGUUUUAAAAGCGAAAAAGGGUUUUUAAGGAUUUGACCUCGCCAAAAAACUUUGAACUACUGUAUUCAAGUCUGUAUAAGACUGAAUGUACUAAACUAAAACAAUAAACAUUUUUGUGCAAUUUGGAAAGU